UCAAGUGCGAAGAAUUUUUUCAGGACGUAUUUGUUGAGUUGUCCUUCGACGACUUCUACUUUUUGUUGGAUGCUUGUGAACGUUAGCCUUGAUUAGCAAGACCUCAUCAGCAUUUCUCUCUGCCAGGCGGUGACCAACGCCUUGGCACCGCGAGGACUCCAGGACUUGACUUCCUUUGCAGCUACCAAUGUGUAGAGAAUUUGAAGGUCGCUAGCCUGAACAGCACCCCUCACCCGCACAUCUGCCACUACUACCCCCACUAUCAAACCGAAACCGCUGUAGGUUCAACAUGUCUGUGAACAGCGACCUGAUCUCGUCCACCAGCUUGGCCGACCUCACCAAGCAGAGGACUGGUUUCCGUGUAUUUCGGCCGGUGGCGGGAGUGGCACCACCCCGGCGUGACAGUGUCUACGCUGCACAGCCGCUUGCAUCACAGCUACAGUCGCCAUUCAACCCGGCGUCCGCGUCGGCGUUACUGGCCGAACACGACGAUGCAAGCAACUCUCGCCUGCCCUGCAGUCCGCUCAGCACUGGCUCCAAGUCGCCGUGCACCAGCGCCACUUCGCCAAGUUGCUUCUUCAAUGCCGUGUCGCCGAGCAACCGCAACCAGCGCCGAUCACUGUCCUCCAUGAACGGCCCUUCCCGUCGACGCAGUGUCAAUCUUACACCAUUGAAGCUCGGUGCACCAGCCAGUACUGGCUCUUUCAGCUCACCGUCCACCUCCAAUUCGCCGCCAUCAGGUGCCGCCUCUGUUCCCAUCGAGCAUGUCACACCCAAGUUCCGGCGCAUCAGCAUUGGUGGCACUAGCGGUAGUCCGCUCUCUUCACCGGCACGCUCGCCUCUUUCCUCAGCCCUGCCCAACGUUCCCAACAAUCUUGUCGAGUUUCUUGAUGGCAUGCCAUGGCUGGAAGGUGCACCGCUUGAGAUCAAAACGAAGGUGGCGCAGGCUGCUCAAGUGCGACCAGUGCAUCAGGGAGAGGUUAUUAUAAGGAAGGGAGAGACUGCAAAAGCGAUUUUCUUCGUCGCUAGAGGUACCGUAGAAGUCAUCUCAGAGGAUAGUGAAGUUGUAUAUGCUGAGCUCGCGGAAGGUUCUAUUUUCGGUGAAAUUGGAAUUCUCUUUGACAGGCCGAGAACAUGCAGCUGCAGAGCAGCCACAAAUUCGCUACUGCUGUCUGUCAAGAAGGACUCCUUUCUUCCUAUUCUUAGUGAGAUGCCGGAGAUGAAGGAAAAAAUAAUGAAGGAAGCUAACGAACGGUUGAAGAUCCUCAGUGCAAAGACAAAGGCACUAAACACAACGAAUGCUAUGGGCAAGGACUUUGCACUGUCCAGCAUGGCUGAAUAUUUGCUCUCUUUUCCACUAUUCAGUAUGCUUGAUCGGCAGUCGAUUAGCCAGAUAGCACUGUUGACGGAAUCGGCGUCGUACAAGCAAUCCGAGGAGAUCCUGAAGUCGACGACAUGCGCCACGUACGACAUGGUGUACUUUGUUCUUCAGGGCGAUGUUGAGAUAAUGACUUAUCCGACGGAGGAGUGCGAAAUGGCCAUUGGCAUGGAGGCAGUGACCGCCGGUUGCCUGUUCGGUGAUCUGGUAACUUUCUAUCCUGAUGAGCCCAUGCCUGAGAAUGAGCUGUUCACACGUGUUGUUCGAGCAACAACAGCGUGUGAAGUGCUGCAGCUACCCAGCGCUGCCCUGCGAGAGUAUCUUGGCAAGAAUAGUGAAACUGCCACGAAACUCACCGAUCAAAUUGAAGCUCCAGCUCAGCUGGUAACCGAGCUGGAGAAUUCUGAGCGAUCCUCGACGCAGCUUGAGGACGAGGAGCCCACUGGAGACUCCUAAUGGCCAGUGCGCAUGCGUGUGUGUAGGUAGUGUUGCUUCCUGCACACAGCAGUCGCCACACUGCUUGUCUCGGUCCCCUCGUUGCAAUGUGUUGUCUUCUGUGCUGCUACGCUGAUCUUGCCAACGUCAAGUUACCUCCGGAACUCUUCUACUUCUAGCGUGAUCGUGUCCAUGCAUGACUCCUAAGUUAUCUCUUCACCUUCUCAUCCCCUUACAUACACCACACACGCACACACACACAUACACCACACAUACACACGCACAUACACACACCACACGUCCAUUACGUUCAGCCAAUGCUAAGUGUUGUGUGUGCACGAACAUACCAGGCCGUUUUGACCCCAAGCUGACAGUGUCUCUCCCCGUCUGUGACGUCACGAGCUACUGCACCGGACAGUGAUCCCGCUCGGUCAUACAUUUCUCAACAGCUUUUUUCCCCCCGCGCGUGUUUUGUGUCCACCCAUUACAGUGCUCGCUCAUGCAUGCACAUACACAAUCUCGACCUCUCAGUGUGGCACGUUGCUCGGUGCACAUACACAAUCUCGACCUCUCAGUGUGCCAUGUUGCUCGGUAGCAUUCUCCUUGUUGAUUGAAUCUCUGCCGUACCGAAACAAAACUGUCAACUAUCUCAUGUUAACAACAGUUCUUCAUUUCUUUUUUUUAAAUUUGCUAUCUCAGUUGACAUCGACCUAUAUUACCAUUCAAUUUUUUCGUGUUCAUGCGUGCGUAUCUGGUUGACUCUAUAAUAUUUUUAGCCAUUUCUGUAUCGUAUCAUCUGCAGUUUCGUCCGUUGAGACAAAUGACCGUACGUUAAUAUCAAGCAACUUACUUCUUGGUCGCCACAAAUUUAAUCUGUUAUUUUGAAACUUUUAUUUUACUCAACACGUGUGAUGGAAUUUUGCCGUGGAG